AUGGCUGUAGAUGAUUAAAUUUCUAAGAAACUUGUGAAGGAAAUACCUAAUAACAGAGAAUAGAAUAAAUCUAUUAGCAAAGCUAGGGAAGGCAUAUCUAAUUCAAGGUCUAGAAAAAUCGCACUUUCAAUUAAUAAAUCAUUCAAUAAUACUCUAGCACUUUAGAAUCAACCACUCCUUUAGAUGGAUGAAGAUUCUUUAGAAAGCAUUAGUAUUCAUAAUAAUGAAGAUAACUCAGAGAUAUUACCAACCCAACACGUUUAAAUAGCACAUACAAAUUAAAGCAUGUUUAGUGAGCUAGUAACUAAAAAGUUCAAACAUGAUGGAAUGAUGGGAAUAAAAAAAUCAUUUGAAAAUGUCAAAUAAGCUGUUGAGAAAGUUUAAGUAAAAUCAUCAGCAAAAAAGAAUAACAUAUCUACUUAGAAUUAAAAAUAAAAUCAUCAAGCUAAUGCUUUUUUUGAUUAGAAUAAAGCUUAGAUUACAGAAUAGAGCAAUGAAUAUGAGUAGAAUGAAGAUGAAUUUGAGCAAUUCUAAUAAAAUAAAACAUUUGAUAACGAAACCCCUUCUAUAUUAAGUAACAUUCCUAUUUUGUAAAGACCCUCACUUUAUCAAACAUAAAUGUCGAAUAGACCCUAAACUUAGACUAAGGAUAGAAAUAACAUGAAAAAUGGAAUAGAGGCAAUUGAUGAAUAUUCAAUGAACUAUUCAUUAUUUCCAACAUCCCACUAGAUCUCCCAAGAAAAGAGUACUUUUAGAAAGAAUAUAAAUUACAAUCAAGACUAAAAUCUUCAUAACGACAAGAAUCUAUAAGAUUAUUUUGAUAAAAGCAGGAGAUUGAACUCAAGUUCUGAAACCAGAACAAAGUUUACUAAUUCCAAAGAAAACAUUAUACUUUAGAAAUCAAUCCUCAAUAAUAAAAUCUACGCACCAUAUACUACUGAGAUGCCUAAAUAUUUAGCUAAAAAUGACACAUUUCCAUCUUAAAUAAAGUAAUAGCAUUAUUAAAGAGCAAAAUCAUCUUAGCAGGAAAGACCAAUCAUUUCUUCAAAUCAAAUCCCUUUAUUUGGAGUAAGAGGUGAAAUGGAUUUAGAAUAGCACUCAUUAAUGAAUGCAUACACCGAGCAAGACACAUUAUAAGCAUAAGUCAAAAAUAAUAUGAUGUAUCAAUAUUAUCAAACUGAUGAGAAUUUUAGUCUUUAGAGUCGACCUUAAACUUCUUAAAGUACAGCUAUUAAUGCAGGUAGAAGUAAAAAAGGGUUAAAUCUAUUAUAAUAAUUGCACAAUCCUAAAGGAGGUAGUUCGAUAGCCAAUAGUAGAGAUAGAAAUCGUAAAAUACCUUUAAAUACUCAGUCUUAGAAUGAAAACUAUUCAAUUAGUUAUUAACAAGCUUAUUAAGAACUUAAGGAAAAAUAAACAUAAAUGUCUAUUGUGGAAUAGAUGGACAAAUAAGAUUUAUCUUUAAUUGAUAAGAUUCAGCCUAGAUAGUUAAUCAAUAAGAGAUAGAGGGGUAAAAGUCAAAGUAAACAUACUGAAAGUGCCCUUAAAAGCUUUUAUACAUAAAAUAGUAUUAUUAAUAAUCCUUCUAGAAACCCCUAUAGAAAUGAAGCUCUAGUGAGUGAAUAAGUUUCACAAAGACUAAACUAAAGACUAAAUAAGACAUUGAUAUUUAAGAAGAAUACUCAUAGCAAUAACGAAUAGAUACUUUAUUAGCAACUUAGCAAUCUCCUAAACAAUGAGAACGAAGAUAGAAUACUCUAUAGAAACUAAGAAGUUUAAAUGAUACAGGAUCGUAUGGAUCUAAUAUAAAGUGAUUUUAUAAAGAAUAAACUUUGCAAAAGGACCAAAUCAAGUUUAGGAGGUUAGAGGAAAAAUACAACUAUAAGCAAUGGUAGAGGGCACAUUCCUCCAGAAAAUCUUAAUAAGAUGCUUAAUAGCUCUAAUAGAAUGGAGCCGAUGUCUCUAGGGCCCUUCAAUAAAACAAAAAAGGAAAAUAGGGCAAUAAGAAAUAGAGAUGCAAAUGAAAUUAAUCAUGGCUAUGGUCAUACAACUUCUCCCUUCGAUCAUCCUUACUAUGAAUGGAUGGAGGGAUUAAGGAAGAGUAAUAAAACCUACUAGACUCAGGAAUUAGUUGACAUAAAGAAAAAUAAAGAAGAAUUCCAAUAUUAAAAGUAUCUUAGCGAAGUUAAAUCAUUAAAUAUUGUAAAGGAAUUCUUAGCUUAAAAUAAAGAUACAUUAACUUAAGAAGUUAAACAUAAGCUUAUUGAUUAAAUUAUCAACGAGCAAAGAAGACUAAAGAAAAUUGAAAGGGAGAUUAACUCAUAAUAGCUUUGA